UCACAUAGGUCAUCUUUUUCCUAUAAAAAGACUAACCAUACCCUCCAUUUUCUUCAACUUUCUUUUGUGUUCAAAAUGACAAGAAACACAAAUCUAGGAGCCAUCUUGUUCUUUUCUUUCAUUGUCUUCUUCUUCUUGUCCCUCCCAUGUUGUGAAGGAAUAAGAGAGAGAAAGGGAGAUGCUGGAGGAGGAAUAGAGGGAAUGUUUGUGUUUGGGAGCUCUCUAGUUGACAAUGGCAACAAUAACUUUCUAGAGAACUCAACGGCUAAGGCCGAUUAUUUGCCUUAUGGAAUGGAUUUUCAUGUUGGUCCCUCGGGAAGGUUUACGAACGGGAAGAAUGUUAUCGACCUUCUCGGGGAUUAUCUCGGCCUUCCUUCUUCGAUUCCGCCAUUUUCAGACCCUUCAACUAAGGGGACAAAAAUUGUUCAUGGCGUCAACUAUGCUUCUGGUGGCUCUGGCAUUCUAGACAACACCGGCUUCAUUGCGGGAAAUGUGAUCAGUUUGAAUAAACAAAUCAGAAACUUUGAGGAGGUGACAUUACCAGAAUUGAGGGAUUUGGUGGAUUGGAGAGAUGAUGGGGGCCCACCAUUGGACAAUUAUUUGUUUGUGGUGGGGUCCGGAGGGAACGACUACACAUUCAACUACUUUUUGAGUAAUUCCGACGAUCAAGUUAGUCUUCAGAACUUCACGAACAAUCUCACAAUAGUCCUUUCUGGUCAACUCAAGAAGUUGUAUAGUUUGGGAGCAAGAAAAAUGGUGGUGAUUUCAGUAAACCCAUUAGGGUGUAGUCCAAUGGUGUUGGUGAGGGCAAAAAAGGAAUUAGGCCAAUGCAUUGAAAGACUAAAUGAAGCAGCUCAAAUGUUCAAUCUCAACUUGAGGAAUUUGGUGGAUCUCUUAAACCCACAAAUGCCACUCUCCAACAUUGUCUUCCUUAAUUCAUACAACAUUCUCAAUGACAUCAUCACUCACCCUUCCUCAAAAGGUUUUAUGGAGGCAAGAAGGCCAUGUUGUGAGGUGCCAUCUUUGAAUGAGGGUGGAAAUGGAAUUUUGUGCAAAAAAGGAGGGCAAACUUGUCCAAACAGAACCAAAUAUGUCUUCUUUGAUGGUUUACAUCCAACAGAAACUGUCAAUGUCAUCAUAGCAUCCAAAGCUUAUGCUUCUCAACUUCAAACUGAAGUUUAUCCCACUAAUAUUCUACACCUUGCAAAUAUAUAGCUCUCUCUCUAAGUUGCCUUGUGUUCUACUUGUAGAAUUAUCACCCCAUGGAUCUUGUGUUAAGAUAUUAAAACUCUUAACUUUCGUGUCAAAAGCUCUCGAUUUCUUCCAUCACGAACGUUUUAUAGAACUCUUAGCAUGAUUA